AUUCUCUAUUGCAAUUGAUGGCGAAAAUGAUUAUAGAGUAAAUCAAUUUUUUAUUAAUAAUUGUUAUUAAUAUCUAGUAUAGUUAUUAACUUACACAUUGUUUUUUUAUUAAAAAAUGGUCGGACGAAACGUUAAUUCUCAAAACAUGAUCAAAUUCGCUCGAUAUUUUUGUCAAACUUCUAAACAAGAGUCAAAAAUUGCAUCACGAAUGGGGUUAAUGAAAGGAAAACCUCUUUAUUUAGAUGCUCAAGCAACUACUCCUCUAGAUCCAAGAGUAUUAGAUUCAAUGAUGCCAUAUUUGUUACAAAAUUACGGCAACCCACACUCGCGUACGCAUAUUUAUGGCUGGGAAAGUGAAGAAGCAGUUGAAAAUGCUAGACAACAAGUAUCAGAUUUAAUUGGAGCUAACCCCAAGGAGAUAAUUUUUACUUCUGGAGCAACUGAAUCAAAUAAUAUUGCUGUCAAAGGCAUUGCUCGAUUCUAUGCAUCUAAAAAACGUCAUAUUAUUACAACUCAAACUGAACACAAAUGUGUAUUAGAUUCUUGUCGUGUGUUAGAAGGAGAGGGUUUUGAAGUAACUUAUUUGCCAGUAUGUUCUACAGGUAUAAUUUCAUUAGAAGAAUUGGAGUCUGCUAUACGUCCUGAUACUUCUUUAGUAUCAAUUAUGACAGUAAACAAUGAAAUAGGAGUGAAACAACCUAUUAAAGAAAUUGGCCACUUGUGUAAAAAAAAAAAAGUAUUUUUUCACACUGAUGCAGCCCAAGCAUUAGGCAAGAUACAUAUUGAUGUUAAUGAUCAGAAUAUAGAUCUUAUGUCUCUUAGUGGACAUAAAAUAUAUGGACCAAAAGGAAUUGGAGCGCUAUUUGUACGCCGGAAACCUAGGGUACGCUUGGAACCUAUUCAAAGUGGAGGGGGUCAAGAACGUGGACUACGCAGUGGAACUGUACCAACACCAUUGGUUGUAGGUUUUGGCGAAGCUUGCCGAAUAGCUAAAAACGAAAUGGAGUAUGAUCAUGUGUGGAUGAAAAAAUUGUCUAAUCUACUUAUUGAAAAAAUUACUAAAAAUCUGCCGGAGGUAGUUCAAAAUGGUGAUCCAGUACAUACAUAUCCAGGUUGUGUAAAUUUGUCAUUUGCCUUUGUUGAAGGAGAAUCUUUACUAAUGGCUCUAAAAGACAUAGCCUUAUCUAGUGGGAGUGCAUGCACUUCAGCAUCAUUAGAACCAUCAUAUGUUUUAAGAGCUAUUGGGGCUGAUGAAGAUUUGGCACAUUCUUCUAUAAGAUUUGGUUUUGGUCGUUUUACAACAGUUGAUGAAGUUGAGUAUACAAUUGAGAGGUGUAUAAAACAUGUUCAAAGAUUACGAGAAAUGAGUCCUUUGUGGGAGAUGUAUCAAGAAGGUAUAGAUAUCAAAUCAAUCAAAUGGUCCCAACAUUAAAAUGUUAUGAUUAUAUGUUAAAAUAAAGAAAUAGGUAUGUCUGUGAUGAUGCAAUUAGUUGUAUAAUUACUAGUUAUAUGAUUUAAAAAUCUUCUGAUACUUUAUGGUCUUAAAAAUAAUAACUUGUAGCAAUACUACAAUGUGUUAAAAUAAAACUAUACUAACAUUUAAUUGUAUACAGUUUCAAUAAAAAAAAAUUUUGUGUGAAAUUUAUUUUCAUGAUAGUUA